AUGAGAGUCGUAGAUGACAAAAUCCUGUGGAUUGGAGGCACUUCGAGCCUGACCCGGACCUUUAUCAACUGUCAGUUGUUGAACCCCAAGAGCUUCGUGCUUGUUGGCCUCGAAUCAAGAGCACCUGAUUGGAUACCCCCGUCUUCUCAAUACAUUAGCUUCAACUUGGCCUCUGCCACCCAUGACCAAGCCAGAAAUCUAUUUCAGUCCAUUGUUAAUGACGUUUCCUGUAUUGUUAUUGGCGUACGUCCUCUCUUGUUCGCACCCUACACCAACACUGAUCUGCCACAAAGAAUGCUUCUAGGUGUUGAGAAGUUGCUACAGCAAGCAUGCCACCAAGAAGCUUCCAAACUCAGGUUGGUCCUCCAUGUGUCUUCUGUGGCAGCAAUGGACCAUCUGAGAACGCAGCAUUUUGUCUCGGAAGCAGAGGAUUAUCCACCAAUAAUAGAGUACAAGGCUGCUUAUGACAAAUUCAAGAGACACUGUGAAGAAUGCAUCACAAGUAUUGUACAUAAGGCGAAUGAAGGUAGAACUACAACAAAUAUCUCGGUUUGCAACAUCCGACUCAGUGCCAUUUUCUCGGAUGAAAAAUCCUGUAUUCAAUGCAGUGCCAUGGAUCUACAAGCUCGUGUAGGUUGCUAUAUGGAUCUUGCUAUUGAUUGCAAUUCGAGUGUCAACGUUUCCAGAGCCAUGUAUGCCGUGAUGGAACGAGUCUCAUCCAACAACCAAGAAGGAACCACCAAACAGAUUCAGCCAGUUUACUACUACACCAGACCACUUUCUUUGGAACAGCCAGUUCCCUAUGGCUACUAUUUGCAAGAAUUCCGCAGAGCGCAUCAAAUGGAGUACACUUCCAUCUGGAUUCCUGUGUGGGUGGUGGCAUGGAUCACGGCGCUGAUUCAUUGGUUUGCUAGUAUCUGCAACCGAUGGAAAGUACGGCUACCUUAUGUGGAUGCGAUGGACUAUCUGAUGCAAGUGGCCUCACGAGAACAUUCAUUUGAUUGUUCCAUGUUUGGUGAUGAUUUCCCCAACUUUCAGGAACAAGAAGAAACCAUAUUGGAAUGUUUCAUUCGCCGUAAAGAGAUAUUGGCCAAAGAGAGCCAAAAGGGAUACUAUCAACAAUCAACACCUCCAGCUUCUAUCGCAAAGUUCACUCUGCGGGAUUUGGCUUGCAUUGAUCCGAGCUCAAGCGAUUGGGCAAAUCUCGAGCGCCACCCUUGGUAUGGGUGGGACUUUGACUUGGUAAAACAUAUGUCCCGUGAAGAGCUCCUGAAGCAAAUCGAAAGAAGCAUCACAAACCUUAUCGAAGUCUCGGUUCAAGACUUCAGUGGAUACAGCCUUGGUCACGAUGCGCGCAACAACUGGCCACGUAGCAACUCUGACCAGGCUUGGGACAACUGGGUGAUGUCGAGUCGGGAAAAAGGGAAAGAGGCGGACGAAGAAAAAGAAGAAGAGGAGGUGGAGGAAUACGUAACAAGCUGUUUUAGGGAGUGGAAGGCGUUUGUCCAGGACGAACUCUACCAGCUCGACCCAUCUUGCAAAAGACCGUUCCUAUGGGCCAAACAAAAGCCCUUCUUCUUUCGAGCCGUGAACGGGAACAUCGCAAACAUGACGUUGACCUGUGUCACUUCUUCCGCCCUUGAUCUGAUUCAAAUGAUCAUUGCAGAUUUUGCGUUUGGCGCUGCAGUCAAGCCUUUUUUGUGA